AAAAACAUUUAUAACAGUUUUUUUGUGUGUAGAUUCUACACCUGGACACUGUCAACAGGUUGCUUGUGGAAAUAUUGUUGACAAUAUGGAAAUAAUGUUGAGUUGCUUCCUACUGGAAUGCUUUUUGACCGAUUGCAAUCAUGAGGGACUAGGGUGAAAAACCUGAAUAUAUUGUUCACUUUACCAGGACGAAAAACAUUCACGGUCAACUGGGAUAUCAAAAUGUGAUGUGGGGAGAAUUUUGUGGAAUUUUAUUUUCUGCAAAGCGACUUUAGUGGUUAUCCACUCGCGAUAGCCAGCGGUGUUGAGUGGAAAGACGGACUUGCUUGUUCAACGAAGACUGUGGACACUUCUGAUUUAAGGGAAUACCGUCAUUCCAAACAUUCCGAUAUGGUCACAGUUCAGGUCCAACAGUGGGUCGUUGUGGGUGCUCGGCCCAUCACUGAGCGAGCCCUUCUCAAUGGAGACUCCUUUCCUGGCACCAGUCAGGAGCUCAACAGCAUCCUUAAAAGCAUGUCAGCUGAUUCACUCCCUUUAACUCUCCUCAGUGUCAACCAGACGUCAUUGCUGCAGAACCAAACUGUCCUUCGGUCUCGUGACUGCAUACUGGAGGGGUCUGAGCUGCAGUGGAGAGAUCGUGUUUUCUUUGACGGGAUGGUCUACCUGUCUCUGAACCACAACGGCGAUUGGACACCUCACACUCAGCAAGCAGUGGCCCUCAAAGCAUUGUGGGAGCGAGUAGGGCGGAGCUCAGUGGUGGAGACGCUCCAACUUCAGGACAAAUGCAUGAACCUGAUGAGGAAAUUGAAGCUUUCCGAAGAGCAGUCAGUUCCAGAGGUUCCUUUCCUGCAGUUUUUGAUCCCUAUCUUGGCACUUUUGGCAUUUACUGGGCUCUCUGGCAUCAGCCUCAUCCUCUCCAAUCAAAGUUUGAGGCACACUGGAGGAGUUAUUGGAUCCAUCAUACACUACCCUAAGGACUUGGCAGAACUGAAUCCAGAGAUAAAGUGUCAUGGUUAUCAUACCUUAUAAUUGACCCCAAUGUUUCCCUUUGGAGUCACCUUUAUAGUAAUUGCUGGAUUGCGGUCACUAACACAACACUAUUUUAAGCACUUUAUCAUGCAUCUGUUACACAUACUGCUAAUGUGCAAACAUGCAGAAGAAUGUAAACGCACUCAUUAAACCGCACAAGCUAUUUUUGCACCUGUGCAGGUCACUAUUCCAAAGUCGUAAAGUCUACUAUCUUGUCAUGCGAUGGAUCAUUCCAAUCAUGCUGCUGUUGCCCC